GAAAUCAGAUUCUGUGUGUGUGAGAGAGAGAGGAGAAAUUAGGAGAGAGAAAGAUGGAAAAUGGAGAAGUUGACAGCAAACUGGUGAGAAAGUGCAUAGAAGCAGCGUGUGAGAGCAGAGAAGCCGUCGAAAAAUGGCGGAUGCAACGCCGAUCUCUUCAACGCCUUCCUUCUCCUCUCGCCUCCGCUCUUCUCCACCGCCUUUUGCUUCGCCGCCUUCUCUUCCCUUCCUUGCUCGAAGUGUUCAAAUUUAGUGUAGAGGAGGUCGAUUUAAGCGGGGAGAACUCGGUGGAUGCAGAGUGGAUGGCAUACUUGGGAGCAUUUUCCUAUUUGCGCUACCUCAAUGUGGCAGACUGCAAUAGGAUAAAUAAUCCUGCGCUUUGGCCACUUGCAGGGAUGACUAGCUUAAAGGAUCUUGACCUUUCAAGAUGUAUGAAAAUCACUGAUGCUGGUAUCAAGCAUCUUUUAUCCGUUUCGCGACUAGAGAAACUUCACCUCUCACAAACAGGAGUAACUGCUGAUGGUGUUGGGCUUCUUUCUGCACUAAAGAACCUAUCUACAUUGGACUUGGGAGGGUUACCUGUUUCUGAUCAGGCUUUAAAUUCCCUCCAGGUAUUAACAAACCUUGAGUAUCUUGAUGUAUGGGGGAGUAAUAUAUCGAAUGUAGGGGCUGCAGCUUUUAAGAACUUCCCCAAGUUGAAUUUCUUGAACUUAGCUUGGACCAGCAUCACAAAGUUACCAAAUCUGCAGUCUAUUGAAUGCUUGAACAUGAGUGAUUGCACCAUCCAUUCUGUUAUGGAAGAUAGAAGUGAACGAGCAACUCUGAGAAAGCUGAUUGUCCACGGGUCUUCAUUUUUGGAAGCCGAGAAAACCUUUUCAAGUAUUGAAGCAAGCUGUCUGUCUUUCUUGAACCUAUCAAACAGCUCGCUCAGUUACUUUGGUUUUCUGUAUCAUAUGAAAGCAUUGGAACAUUUGGAUCUUAGCUUUACUGCUGUACAAGAUGACGAUGUAGAAGCAAUUUCCUGUAUAGGUGCAAAUUUGAGGCACUUAAAUCUUAAUAACACAAAAAUCAGCAAUGUGGGAUUGGAAACUUUGGCUGGACAUGUCCCUAAACUUGAAGUUCUGUCAUUGUCUCACACAUCAGUUGAUGAUUUUGCCAUAGCUUACAUUAGUACAAUGCAUUCCCUUACGGCACUUGACUUGAGCAAUACAAACAUUAAAGGUUAUAUCCGUCAGAUCAGUGAUGAGGAUGAUGCACUCUCCCUAACUGCAUUGCAGGACCUGAAGCACUUGGAAAUUUUACAUCUGGAAAAGACCCGAGUGACUGAUGAAGCUAUCAAUGUACUACCGUGUCUUGAGGAGCUAAGCCAUUUAUCACUUAACAGCACCAUCAUAACAGAUAAGUGCCUGGAACAUCUUUCACAAGUAAAAAACCUGGUGAAUCUUUUUGUUCAAGGGACUUUGCUGACUAAUGGUGCCCUCGAGUCAUUCAACCCACCUAUAACACUAAAAUUGCUUGAUCUAAGAGAUUGUUGGCUUCUAACCAUGGAUUCACUGUCAAUGUUUUGUAAGAAGCACUCUGGUGUAAAAGUGCGACAUGACCUUCUCUCUCCAUCUGCAGUAGACCAAAGUAAUUCCCACCAAAGUGCAGCCUCAUUACAGAAGGACUCAAAGGCUUCGAAACUGAAACAAAGAGACGGAAAAUCAUCUGUAUCAACCCUCUUGUUUAAGGUGGAUGUUUUAGAUCAAAGGAUAAAAUACAGCAGAGAGGAGCUGCUUACUUUGCAGCACAUAUCACCACCUCUCGUUCCACCUUUGAGCACAGAUAUUGCAGUUUCCGAGUCGGAAUAGUACAAUUCUCAAUUUUCAUCCGCAGCAAAAAGUGAGUAUCUCUCAGUUUCCUCUUUAGUUGCAAAGCGACUUAGGAGAUGCUUGGAUUGGACUUAAGAGGUAAUUACAUCAACAGCUUUUGUUGAUAGGUAGUAUUAAAGUGUUCUAGUGGAAACGAAUUUGAAAUGUAAUUUAAAACGGAAGCUUAUUAUGUCAGUGUCUAUGAUAUUGCAACUUCACCUUCAAACAUGUUUCUCUUCGCAGAGUUUCAUUACCACUCAACAUCACCAAGGUGUGGAUAAAUUGUAAUGAUUUAAUAUAGAAAAAUUUUACACUUGGAGGUGCAGGAGCUUUAAUAAGCUUUAAUAAAAACAUAAGGGACUUCUUUUAGUAAUA